AUGAUUAAUAUAUCAAAGUAUUUAUCUGACCUAAUCACAGACUCUGUCCAAGCUGAGUUCGAAGAAUUCAAGGAGAAGUUUGUGAUUAACUCAGAGAAAGAUAAGCCAUGGCAGUACUCAACACCUACUGCUAUUAAGCUAUGGAAUAUGAAUAAAAAUAUGACGUCUUCUUACCCCUUUAUUAAGAGUUGUAAGGAGCUUGCAGAGAGGAUUUCUGAGUUAAUCCCAACCACAGGUAUGAUAGAAUCUGUGGCGAUUUCUAAGGCUGGGAAGGGUCCUGAUGAGAAGUCAGGGUACUUUAUUAAUAUUUAUCUAAGUACUAGUGCAAUGGCACAGAAAUUACAAGAGCUUGUGACUACUGACAUCACUUACCAGACAGAGAAGAAGUUAAAAGUUGUGGUUGAUUUUUCAUCACCUAACAUUGCCAAGAAUCUUCAUGUCGGCCAUCUAAGGACAACCAUUCUGGGUGACUCAAUGGCCAGGCUUCUUGAGUUCAUGGGUCAUGACGUCAAAAGGGUCAAUCACAUUGGUGACUGGGGCACUCAGUUCGGCAUGCUCAUUGCUCACAUGCAAGAUAAGUACCCAGAUUUCCUUGAUCAGCAACCUGAAAUAUCAGAUCUUGAUGGGUUUUAUAAGGAAGCCAAGAAAAGGUUUGAUAAAGAAGAAGACUUUAAAACCAGGUCAAGGGAAACUGUUGUCAAGCUCCAAGGAGGCGACCAGGAGAUACUAGAAGGAUGGAAAAUGAUUGUGAAUGUCUCCAGAGUACAAUUCGAUAAAAUCUACAAGAGGCUUGACAUAGUGAACAACGAGUAUGGAGAAUCCUUCUAUAACGAUAUGAUCCCUCCUCUUGUUCAAAAGCUAGAAGAGGAUGGCAUCGUUGUUGAGGAUGAUGGCUGUAAGUGCAUCUUUAUACCUAAGAUCAAAGUUCCUUUGAUCGUUGUGAAAUCAGAUGGAGGCUACAAUUACGAUACAACAGACCUUGCUGCAAUGAAGUAUAGGAUCGAAGUAGAGAAAGCAGAAAGGAUAAUCGUCCUCACUGACAUGGGUCAAAAUUUUCACUUCAAACAAGUGGAAGGAGCUUGCAUAAAAGCAGGGAUCCUAGAUCCAAAGACUACCAAAUUUGAUCAUAUGUGCUUUGGACUCAUCCUUGAUGAGAACGGUGAAAGAUUCAGGUCCAGCUCAGGUGAAUCUGUGCAACUCGUGAGCCUUCUGGAUGAAGCUAAGGAAAGGGCAACAGAGCUCUGAAAAAUGAAGCAUGAGAAUGCUAGUGAAGAAAUAAAAUUGACUGAGGAAGAGUACCAAGAGAGGGGAGAAAUAAUCGGCCUUGCUUCUCUCAAGUAUUAUGAUUUAAAGCAGAACAGAAGCUCCUCUUAUGUCUUCUCAUAUGAUAGAAUCCUUGAUUCUAAAGGAGAUACUGGAGUUUACUUACUUUAUAUGUACGUCAGGCUUUGCUCCAUUUUAAGGAAAGGAGGAUAUGAUGAGGAAAGACUAGCUGAAGUAGCAAAAGAAACUGAAUUAAUCCUUGAAACUCCUGAAGAAAUCAAGCUAGGAUUACUCUUGCUUAGGCUCCCAGAGUAUUUAGAUGGGGUAAUGAAUGACCUCCAACUCAAUAUGUUAUGCAGUAUCCUAUACGAAGUAAGCACGCAGGUCGGCUCUUUCUACGCUAACAAUAAGGUCCUUGGGGAUCCGAAAGAGGCUUCCAGGAUCCUUCUCAUCGAAAUCACCAGGAAAGUGAUGAAGACCUUAUUUGAGCUUCUAGGUAUGAAAACUCUUGAACAGAUUUAGCCAAUGAUACAAAUAUUAUACAAUCUUAAAGUUUCA